CGCAGUAGAGAAGCGUACCCGCUGGCAGAGGAUCUACGAAUACGUCCCUGCGACCAAACGACACACCACAGAAAUGGCCGUGUCACCCCACACACCUCUUCGACCUCAUCAUUAUGAAUUGCGCCACAAAAUAAUGAACAAUAAUGGUAUCCACAUAAUCUAUCCGCUUGGACGCGACUUCGCCAUCCAUUUUCCAGGAAAAUUCGAUGCGUACGAGGGCCUAACCGUUCGCGUCUUCGGCUACACUCGCGACGCGGGUCCGACAUACGAGCAUGCGAUCGGUAAUGAAAGCGGCGCCUAUUCGUUGAUGAAAUUUUACGAUCUUAAGCCACUCGCAGUGGUACACAGCAUGGGAGGCGGAAGCGACAGCAAACCAAAAGAGGAAGUUUAUGGAUCUGGAACAUUCUAUACCUUCGCAAUUCGUGCGAUAAAGGAUAAAAAGAGUCGCGAAUCUUUCGAGGCAAUUGUGGACAAAGAGGCGCUGGAUUAUGCAGUAUUUCCGUGGAGCGGUGUUAGCCACUGGGAGACCAUCCAGAAGGGCAAGAUGGUGCACCUGUCAAAACACAUUGGAGAUGAGGAAGGCACAACAAAAUUUCAGACAAGCACUGGACUCGAUCCGUAUUUGAACCACUUUGUUUUGAUGGAAGUCGGUACAAUAGCACACUACACCGGGGUAUACAGCGGCACGAGCGAAGUUACAGUCAAGGCUGUGGGCGCAGUGCAAGACAUGGGAAGGCCCAAUCGCUCUGGCGUGACCAUCAGGAUAUCAAUAAGGAAGACAAUCCUCAACUACAUAUUUUUAACCAACUACGGUUCCAAGCCGGUCGUGGCACCCUUUGAGAAUCUUGUGUCGACUGGCCACGGUUACGCACCUAGAUUCUCGGAGAACUUCAGCGUAAGACAAGUUCAUAUGGAGGUAUUCUACUAAACGCAUCCUACACGUAGUCUACUUAAUGGCAAAGUGGAUUUUAAUACCGAUAUACUAGAACAAACUGAAUUGCUUAUUAGUACAUGAAGAAUAAAGAACAUAAUUUUCCCUGAGUAAA